AUGCAUGGCUUCUCGCAGCGUAUACGCCAGCCCAGCGUCCUGCAGCCCAGUCCACGAUUUCCACACGAAGCGACACAAGCACGGCAGAAUCUUCCGGAUAGUGAUCUAUCCUUGCAACCGGCCGACGAUGAACUAGACCAAGUCAUUGUAGCCAUCGAUAGCCGGGAAUCUGGAACUGUGGGGUGCUCCUACUACUCUGUUCGAGAAGAGAAGCUCUAUCUGCUGGGAGACUUACGACAUUCAGACUCUGAAGUCAUCGACAGCUUAAUUCUUCAGACCAGCCCUACGAUGCUUCUGCUCUCACCUCGUGUAGACCACAACGCCCUGCAAGAUAGACAAAUGAUCGAUCCAGACAGCGAGAGCGGAUCUUUACUUCCAUUUCAGCUAGACAUCCGUCCAUCGCAAGAAUUCGGCUACGAGAACGCAAAGAAUAAGCUGGUGGCUCUGGGGAUAUCCUCAAAGCACGAGCAACGGAUGCGGUUCCUCGUGCCACACAAUGGGUUCGCUGACAGUGAGCGGAUAGACUCCGAGAGCCUGGACUUCACCUUGCAAGAAGGCAAGCUGCUGCACAUAUCGAGCUCGAUAGAGAUGGAAAACACGGUGACGAUCGGCUGCGCGGGCGCUCUCCUCAUGCACCUGCAACGGCGAAGAGCCUCUGCCUCUAUAGCUACCGACCAAGCUUCGGAGACCUAUCGGGUGAGAUCUGUGGAGAUGUUCAGCUUGCUGGGAGCGAUGUUCGUUAACAAGAGGACUCUCUCAUCGCUGCAGAUCAUGGAGUCAGAAUCUUAUCCUAGCCUUGUGAACCAAGGCAGAAAGUCCAAUUUCUUUAAAGAGGGUCUAUCGGUCUAUGGCCUUUUUCAGCGCUUUGCGCGUACACCCCAGGGCAAGAAUCGACUGAAGCAAAUGUUUCUUCGUCCGAGUGUGGAUGUCGAUGUCAUCCAGGAACGACAUGCCUUUAUUAGCGCCUACUUGAGAGCUGACAAUUACAACCCUCUGGAGAAACUGACUAAGAGCUUCAAGCACAUCAAGAACCUGCGCUAUGUGAUAGUGAACUUGCGCAAGGGCAUCGAGACAGGAAGUGGGCAAGUCAUGGGCUUCAAAACGACGGUCUGGGCUUCGUUGCUGGCCUUUGCCUUCUAUGGCAUCGACAUAUAUGAUGCCUUGAGAGAAAGUGCUGGUGCUGAUGGACUAGCCCUACUUCAGCGGGCUAUUCGUGUCUUCGAAGCAGCUCAACUUUACAGGGUUGACAUAGAUAGCUCGGAGGAACAAGGAAGAACGGUCGUAAAGCCCGGAAUCGAUCGAGCACUCGACCGAAUGAAAGACAAUUAUGAUGGGCUCAACAGCCUGCUCAAGAAGAUCGCCAUAGAGAUUGCUGGAGAGAUUCCCGAAUUCUAUGACAUCGAUGUGAAUGUCAUCUACUUCCCCCAGCUCGGCUUCAACAUCGCGAUACCAUUGAACCAGGCGGGCGAUGCCGCUUACAGGGGUCCAGCCGAAGAAUGGGAUAUCAUGUUCUUCACAGAGAACAGAGCUUACUUCAAGGACUUCAGAAUGAGAGAGCUGGACGAGAAACUAGGUGAUAUUUAUGGCCUCAUAUGCGAAAAGGAGAUCGAGAUAGUUUACGAUCUCGCGCAGAGAUUGCUCCGGUACGAAAGUAAUCUGCUCGAGGCAUCUGACAUAUGUGGCCAGCUCGAUAGCCUCCUUGCAAUGGCUCAAGCAGCGAAUUUUUAUAAGCUCGUCUGCCCUAAAAUGGUGCCGGAGAACAUCAUCAAGAUCAGAGGUGGUCGGCACAUCUUGCAGGAGUUGACGGUUUCUUCGUAUGUGCCCAACGACACCUACUUGGUAGGUGGAAACCCAUCAGAUUGUCUAGCCAUUUCUUCAAGUCAGACAUGCCAAGACAACUCCGAGGGCAUGAAUGAAGAGCAUGGCCCAAGCAUGCUUCUCUUGACAGGACCGAACUAUUCAGGAAAGAGUGUAUACAUGAAACAAGUUGCUCUGGUUGCCUACCUUGCGCAGAUCGGAAGCUUCGUGCCAGCAGCCAGCGCCGAGCUUGGGAUCACCGACAAGAUUAUAGUCAAAUCGAGUACCCAAGAUAGCGUCUCACAGAUCCAAAGCACCUUCAUGCGCGACCUGCAACAAAUCUCCUUCGAUCUGAAGCAGAUCACUGACCGCAGCUUGGUAAUCAUCGACGAAUUCGGCAAAGGCACUAGCGAGAACGAUGGCAUUGGCCUAGCCUGCGGUAUCCUCACACACCUGCUUGAUCUGGAAAACUCGCCAAAAGUCAUCGCGGCCACGCACUUUCACGAGAUCCUUGAGAAUGGCUUCCUAAGACGCAGACCCCAGCUACAAUUAGGACACAUGGAAGUCCAAGUAUCCAACGACGCACACAGUACUGAGGACCAGAUUACUUAUCUCUACAACUUCCGACCAGGACGGAGCGAUAAGAGCUUCGGAACAGUCUGCGCUGCGAUGAACGGUGUCAGCCAGGCUGUUGUGGACCGAGCAAGCGAGAUUGCGGCCCUCUCGGCGCGUGGUGAGAACUUGAUCGCUGCAUGCGCUACGCUCUCGGCUGAAGAGAUGCGCGUCCUGGAACAAGCGGAUACGCUCGCGAGGAAGUUCUUGGCCCUAGAUCUCUCGGAGUAUGAUGAGUCGGUUGAUGUCAAGGAUGUGCUCGGGAGACUGUUUGAGGGUUCGUAG